AUGUCUCUAGAGGAGCUGCGGAGGAUGAUCUCCAUAACUACCAUUGCCUUAUCCGAGAAGAUUGCACCUUGCUUCGAUUCAUGGAGCAACAAGCAUGCUGAGGAUGGUCAUCAGAGCUCCACUGAUGUCUCUGGUGUGCCUGGUGGAGCCAAUUUGUCGGCUAUCGUGUUGCAACAGGCCAAGCUUGCAGUGGAGGAAAUUCACCAGGCGAAUGUAGCACAAGCGAAUCUCCUCUUGGAGCGAGAGAAGUGGGAGAGGACAGACGUACCCGCCCAUUUCGAGACUCGAGUUUUAUCCAAGUUUAUGCCCGAUGAACAUGAGCUUGGUGAAGCUGGCAGUACGUCAGAUGAAGAGCAACAAAAGGAUACGACAAGUCGUGGUCGAAGAUAUUUGGUCCUCCCGGAAGACCGUGGUUCAUUUUUGGUGGUCCCAGCAGGCCUUGGGAUCCUUGAGCUCAUCGCAGUGUAUCUAGAUGUAGCUCGGGCUCUCCCACAAUUGGCCACUGAUGCUGCAGUCCGGCUAACGUCCAUGUUGCGACUGGCUAAUGGACAGAUCGAGAAGCUGUUGCUAGAGGGGCAAGCGGUGUCUUCAGGGUCGAGGAAAACGGUAACUGCGACGAAUCUGGCUUUGACCUAUCAGACGAUUGAUAUGUUGUCUAGUGUUUUACCAUUGAUAGCAAAUACACUGGAGUCUAUUGCGGGGAAGUUGGAGAGCGGCCCGGGGAUACGCAUUGUUUUGGAAGAUCUACUGUAUCGGUUGAAGGCAGAGAUGUCCGAGCAUAAGGGCAACUUGACAAGGAAGCUCGGGGAUAUAUUGGUCGAGAGGUUUGAUCAUCACUGCGCGAAGUGGUUGUCGGUAGGGAGGGCGAGUCGAUCUGGUGGGGGGAAGGCAGGACCCAAUGAGAACGUGGUGAAGAUAGCGAAUGAUGUGAGCAAUAUGCAUAGGGUCUUGAUGAAGUCCCUCUCGCCCAAGUGUGUCGAACUUAUCUUCUCUCGAGUCUUUGUCGACUAUGGGUCUCGUUUUGAAGCCCGGCUUCUGAAGGAGAAGAGUAAGGUUGAUGAUACUGCUGUGCUGGAAGCCUGGCGGACCAGCAUUCUUGCUGACCUGAGCCACUUGAUGCUAAAACUACGACCGAUAGGAGACAUCAGGACUAGGAUGGAAGCGAGUGUGAAGGAGAUGCUCAGUAUCACUGAUAGGUAG